AGCGGCACUUCUGCCAAAGAGCGAGGUCGUGGAGACUUGAAAAGCGACACGUCUACGACAUCUUUUUCAAAAACCUCGAUCAAAGAUCAAAGAAGCAUAGAAGAAGAUGAACAAAUUUUGGUACCUUCAGCGCUGCCCAUGGUGUUAUUUCAACAAAGUCAAGUGCC